CCCUCACUGUUUCAACAUUUUUUUUCUUCGUGCGCCGGUGUUAGCGCAAAAACGCUGGGACCCCGCUCAUAUGAGGGGUUUUUAUUUUUAAAAAGUUGGCCGGAAUUACAGUGUAGCUCCAUUCCCGCUGGCUUGACACUGGUGCGUCCAGGCGACGGAGGCACACAUACAUACACACACACACAAAGAAAGGCUCGGAAUGUCGGAUGAGGAUUCCCGUGCCAGCACCAGCUCUUCUUCCUCUUCAUCCUCAACUCAUCAGCAGCAGCAGCAGGAGGUGAACACCCCCAAGAAACGCGAGAGCAAAGCCAGCAUGAGCAAGACCUCCAAACUCCUCUCUACCAGCGCAAAAAGAAUUCAGAAGGAGUUGGCUGACAUUACAUUGGAUCCACCACCAAACUGCAGUGCCGGUCCUAAAGGAGACAACAUCUAUGAGUGGAGGUCAACCAUCCUGGGCCCUCCAGGCUCUGUGUACGAGGGAGGAGUGUUCUUCCUGGACAUCGCCUUCACACCAGACUACCCCUUCAAACCACCCAAGGUGACGUUUCGUACGAGGAUCUACCACUGUAACAUCAACAGUCAGGGGGUGAUCUGUCUGGACAUCCUGAAGGACAACUGGAGUCCUGCCCUCACCAUCUCCAAGGUCCUGCUGUCCAUCUGCUCCCUGCUCACCGACUGCAACCCUGCCGACCCCCUGGUGGGAAGCAUCGCCACACAGUACACAACAAACAGACCAGAACACGACAGGAUAGCCAAACAGUGGACCAAGCGCUACGCCACAUAAUCAGCAGGGCGGCUGCUGCUCGGACGACUCGGGGACGCGGGCUGUUGAUUUGGGGUUUGGGUCCCAGCGGAGGAGGGUCCCGGGGCGGGGAGAGGACGGGUGGAUUUUUAUCUCAGAAUUGAAGUCUUAACUCCUGAAUUUUGUUGUUUAUUGUAUUUUUUUUUUUUUUUUUAAGUUAUCUCGGGCCCAACUGUAAUCAAAUUUGGCAAUAAUGCAUUUGGUGUUUCUCCUCUCUUCUCUGAACUUUAGCUUGUGCUUGAAGGCGGAAAUUAAUCCCACACUUAAACUGCUAGAUGAAACCGUGUCACAGCAUGAUUCCCAGUGGAGUAUGUCAGUGUAAAUUUUUCACAUGUAUUAAAAGUCGCAGUGUACACUUCUCCCUCUGAAAUCCUGGUAUUUGAAAAGAUGUUUCACACAUGUAGACAUGUUUAGAUAUGGAUGGAUAUUGGUUGUGGUUUCUUUGUGUUAUGUACUGAUGAAAAGCUGUUUUAUGUUUUUCCCCUAAGAAUUAAACAUGACCAACUGAAGCAUC